AUGGUUUGCACUGCAGUUUGAAUGGCACGUACCGUACAUAGAUCUUGGUUGCAGAUGUUACUGUGUUAUCAACUUAUCACUUUUAUGCGUUGUACACUUUUAGAUUUGAUUUUGAAGGUGCCGAUAAUUGCGGAAUCUUGAGAAAUGGAUUCCUAGCGUAAUUCGGAAAUGCAUAAUCAUAGCGGCGGCGAAGGAAACUCGUCGCAGCAGAAAGAAGCUGGCGACCAGCCUGAAUCGGAAGCUACUACUAAAAUUCCCUCUCUGACUACGCCGCAAUCUCUCACGUAUUCCACGGGACGGAGUACAGAGCCUGCUCCUCCGACUUGGCAAAACCUUUUAGAAGACAUUUCUAAAUGCUCGUUUCAGGAUCCCGUAGUUAAGCGGACAGACGAAGAUUGCGCAUCAGUUCCUUCGGUGCGAGUAUCCGAUGAAGUGAACGUGGCUCAAGUUCAAGUCCAAUUGCAAGUUGCCGCGCGCAUCUUGCUUUCUCUCGUGGAUACCGCUGGGCAAAAGCAUGAAACGUUUAAGAAUUCUUUAGCUCGCCUGAAAGAGGAACUGGAAGAUCUGACGUGAUAUUUUAAUUCGUUUUUUUAUACGAGCCUUUACCUCUUUAUUUAUGUCAGCUGCCGGCAUUUAGGGACUGUGAUUUACGCAGCUCAUCUUUAUGCUUUGCACGGCUUUAGUAAUACUUUGUAUUUGUAUAAUUUAACUACGCUAGAAGAUAAAAUUUGUAUAGUUUACAGAGAAACGACAGUAUCGAUAAGUACGACAUAUGGAUGAUAAAAUGCUCACAUUUUACACAUAUGUAGCUUUCGCGCAAGUGAUGUAAAUAAAUGAAGCAGAUUGGAAAAAAAUUACUGGAGGUCAUUAAUGCU